AUGUCAGCACCCCUAGAACUCACGCACCGGGGUUAUUACAGGACUAUUUACUUUAAAGAUAACGUUAGGUGUAUUUGUUUUACCGUGGUGACAGUCCACUAGCUUAAUGUUGCAAUAGCCUACAUUACAUUAAUGUUAGUGCGGAGGUAUUCCACAGCGAGCUAGCUAGCUAGCUAACGUUAGCCAAAAGUUUAUCCUUCAUGCUGGUAGGUGUCUGAGUCGGUACCUUAACGGAAACAUGUCGUUGUCUCUAGUGAAACGAUGGUGUGAAACACCUUUAAUAAGACGUGUUUUACAGUUUAAAGUGUACAGAAGGAAAAUACAAAGCUAUAACAUGAGCUACACGCAGCUGAGACACCGCUGGAUGAAAAGGCUGCCCGUGUUCACCAGCAGCUUCAACAUGGUCAGCACACAAACAGACAAGGACACUGUUGACCUGUCGAAGUUCCCUGUGGACAGAAUCAGGAAUUUCUGCAUCGUCGCUCACAUUGACCAUGGAAAGAGCACUCUGGCUGACAGGCUGCUGGAGAUGACAGGUGCCAUAGCAAAGACUGAGAAGAACAAGCAGGUGUUGGACAAGCUUCAGGUAGAGCGAGAGAGAGGGAUAACGGUGAAGGCUCAGACGGCCUCGUUGUUCUACAGCCACCAGGGACAGCAGUACCUCCUGAACCUCAUCGACACGCCCGGUCACGUUGACUUCAGUUAUGAAGUGUCUCGAUCGAUUUCUGCGUGUCAAGGUGUCCUGCUGAUUGUUGAUGCCAAUCAGGGGGUUCAAGCGCAGACGGUGGCCAACUUCUACCUGGCUUUUGAAGCUCAGCUGGCAAUCAUUCCUGUCAUCAACAAGAUUGAUUUAAAAAAUGCAGAUCCAGAGAGAGUUGAGUCACAGAUUGAAAAGGUGUUUGAUAUUCCGCAUGAAGAAUGCAUCAGGAUUUCAGCUAAACUUGGAACAAAUGUUGAAAAGGUUCUCCAAGCGAUCGUGGACAGAAUUCCACCGCCUGUGGCGAAUAUCAACGACCCAUUCAGAGCCCUAGUGUUCGACUCCAAUUUCGAUCACUAUAGAGGAGUGGUAGCCAACAUUGCUGUGUUUGGAGGACGGGUCCGGAAAGGGGACCGGAUCGUGUCGGCACAUCUUGGCAAAACUUAUGAAGUUAACGAGCUGGGGCUUCUCCGGCCAGACGAGCACCCAACCCAGAAACUGUUUGCAGGCCAGGUGGGCUACAUCAUAGCAGGGAUGAAGGAUGUGAAGGAGGCCCAGAUCGGUGACACACUCUACCUCCAGGAGCAGCCGGUGGAAGCUCUUCCAGGGUUUAAACCCGCCAAAGCCAUGGUCUUUGCUGGCAUGUAUCCGAUGGACCAGUCAGAGUACCCGGGACUUCGCAGCGCCAUUGAGAGGCUGACCCUGAAUGACUCGAGUGUCACACUGCAGAGAGACAGCAGUCUGGCCCUGGGAGCAGGCUGGAGACUCGGCUUCCUGGGUCUUCUCCAUAUGGAGGUGUUCAAUCAGAGGCUGGAGCAGGAAUACAAUGCCUCUGUCAUAAUAACAGCACCCACCGUGCCCUACAAGGCCAUCCUCACUUCACCCAAACUCAUCAAGGAACACGGCAGUGAGGAGAUAACCAUCGUGAACCCUGCUCAGUUCCCAGACAGAUCAGUGGUGUCAGAGUAUCUGGAGCCGGUGGUACUGGGGACCAUCCUCGCUCCAGACACUUACAUCGGCAAGAUCAUGACUCUCUGCUUGAAUCGCAGAGGCAUCCAGAAGAACAUGGUGUACAUAGACGACCAGCGCGUCAUGAUGAAGUAUCUCUUCCCUUUAAACGAGAUUGUUGUGGAUUUUUAUGACCUCCUCAAAUCGCUGUCCUCUGGAUAUGCCAGCUUUGACUAUGAGAACGCAGGCUACCAGGCUGCUGAUUUGAUAAAGAUGAAUUUUCUGCUGAAUGGGCAACCUGUGGAAGAACUCACCACUAUUGUACACAGAGAGCGUGCGUACAGCUCAGGAAAGGCCAUGUGUGAGCGACUCAAAGACUCCAUCCCGAGGCAGAUGUUUGAGAUCGCUGUACAAGCUUCUAUUGGAAGUAAAAUCAUUGCAAGGGAAACAAUUAAGGCGUACAGAAAAAAUGUUCUCGCUAAAUGUUACGGAGGUGACAUAACCCGGAAGAUGAAGCUGCUGAAGAAACAGGCUGAGGGUAAAAAGAAAAUGAGGCGGAUCGGCAGCGUGGAAGUUCCUAAAGACGCCUUCAUUAAUGUACUGAAGAGAAAAGAUAAAUAAAAUGCAACAUAAUUAGUAUCUUCUUAUGUAAUAAUGUCAUUAAUAUAUGCGACAGGUCAUUAUUAUAAAAGGUUCUUCCAGACUUCCUCUCAAUAAAUUGCUUAUUGAUGCUGCAAA